AUGGCCUUGAGCAUGAAGUCCAAUUUCAAUAUGGUUUUCAGCUGGACCCUGCUGACGCCAACAGUACCGUGGGGUUUUGCCUACUUCCAGCUGAUAUUAACAGAUGGAACCCAGGGAGAUGGUAGCUGGUUUAGAAACGGUGUACGAUUGACCGCGACUCCCGGAAAGAUAUUCAUAACGGUUUCGAACAACGUAAGGCAAAUCGUCAUACAGAACAUCGAGGCUGCAGACGCUGGUACCUACACAUUUCGUGUGAAUACCUUCCAGGUAUCAGCCAGUCUUAUUGUAAAUGGGGUCCCCACACCCACUAUCCAGUCUGGACUACCGAACCUGAAUGUAGUAGCGGGAGCAACAGUUACCUUUGAGGCAACACUUUCACAAGCUAAUAUCAACAACGGAAGAUGGAUCAGGAAUGGACAACAGCUAACUAACUCUAACAAGUAUCAGAUCUCAGUGACUGGACAAACACAACGUUUGGUAAUCACAGGCGUCACGUCAUCUGAUGCUGGACAAUACACCUACCAGGUUGGGUCUCUGCUAACUACGGGAACACUGACAGUGCAAACAGCGUUAAGCAUACUCACUCAACUACAGAACCUGAAUGUAGUGUCGGGAGCAACAGUUACCUUCGAGGCAACACUUUCACAAGCUAAUAUCAACAAUGGAAGAUGGAUCAGGAAUGGACAACAGCUAACCAACUCUAACAAGUAUCAGAUCUCAGUGAUUGGACAAACACAACGUUUGAUAAUCACAGGCGCUACGGCAUCUGAUGCUGGACAAUAUGCCUACCAGGUUGGGAUUCUGACAACUGCAGGAAUACUGACAGUGCAAUCUGCGUUAAGCAUACUCACUCAACUACAGAACCAGAAUGUAGCACCGGGAGCAACAGCGACCUUCCAGGCAACACUUUCACAAGCUAAUAUCAACAACGGAAGAUGGAUCAGGAAUGGACAACAGCUAACUAACUCUAACAAGUAUCAGAUCUCAGUGAUUGGACAAACACAACGUUUGGUAAUCACAGGCGUGACGUCAUCUGAUGCUGGAAAUUACGCCUACCAGGUUGAGUCUCAGACAACUACGGGAACACUGACUGUACAAACAGCGAGCUUAAUUAGUGGACUACAGAACCUGAAUGUAGCAGCGGGAGCAACAGCGACCUUCCAGGCAACACUUUCACAAGCUAAUAUCAACAACGGAAGAUGGAUCAGGAAUGGACAACUGUUAACCAACACUAACAAGUAUCAGAUCUCAGUGAUUGGACAAACACAACGUUUGGUAAUCACAGGCGUCACCUCAUCUGAUGCUGGAAAUUACGCCUACCAGGUUGGGUCUCUGACGACUUCGGGAACACUGACAGUGCAAACAACGUUGAGCAUAAUUACUGGACUACCGAACCUGAAUGUAGCAUCGGGAACAACAGUGACUUUUGAGACAACACUUUCACAAGCUAAUAUCAACAAUGGCAGAUGGAUCAGGAAUGGACAACUGUUAACCAACUCUAACAAGUAUCAGAUCUCAGUGACUGGACAAACACAACGUUUGGUAAUCACAGGCGUCACGUCAUCUGAUGCAGGACAAUACUCCUACCAGGUUGAGUCUCUGACAACUACGGGGACACUGACAGUACAAUCACUGUCAAUCUUAAGCAGUCCUCUCAUCAUAAACCUACAGGUUGGACAAGAAGCAACGCUUUAUGUUCAGUUGUCACAAAAUGGUGUUUCACUGGGAACCUGGUAUCAAAAUAAUGUAGUGUUGCCCAUUAAUGGAAGGAGAAGGGUGUUCGUUUCUGGCCAGUAUCACAUUCUAGUUAUCACAAAUAUUCAGUCAUCCGACGCUGGGGCAUACCAAUACCGAGUUGCUGGACUUACAGGGGAGGCAACUCUCACCAUUCAAGGUGCAGCGUUGAGCAUUCUCAGUGGACUAACGAACCUGAAUGUAGCAUCGGGAGCAACAGCGACCUUCCAGGCAACACUUUCACAAGCUAAUAUCAACAACGGGAGAUGGAUCAGGAAUGGACAACCGCUAACCAACUCUAACAAGUAUCAGAUCUCAGUGACUGGACAAACUCAACGUUUGGUAAUCACAGGCGUCACGUCAUCUGAUGCAGGACAAUACGCCUACCAGGUUGAGUCUCUGACAACUACGGGAACACUGACUGUGCAAACAGCGUUGAGGAUACUCAGUGGACUAACGAACCUGAAUGUAGCAGCGGGAGCAACAGCGACCUUUGAGACAACACUUUCCCAAGCUAAUAUCAACAAUGGAAGAUGGUUCAGGAAUGGACAACAGCUACCAAACUCUAACAAGUAUCAGAUCUCAGUGACUGGACAAACUCAACGUUUGGUAAUCACAGGCGUCACGUCAUCUGAUGCUGGACAAUACACCUACCAGGUUGAGUCUCUGACAACUACGGGAACACUGACUGUGCAAACAGCCUCUACAGAUCUGUGUAGGAACGCCCAGAACAGGAAUGGUGUGGGGUACGGUCGUCACCCAAUGGACUGUGACAAGUACAUCCAAUGCUACUACAACCCGAACGGUAACGUCAUCGGCGUCUACAGAACCUGUCCUUCCGGCUACUACUGGGACCAGACCAAUCUCAAGUGUGACGAAAACUGGAGGGUCACAUGUCCUCUUGAACGAUGCACGGGCAAGUGUAAGCCACACUACAGGAUGGACGGUGGUUGCAGAUCCUAUUGGGAGUGUUCUAGAGGAGCAUCAGUUGCGAAGUGUUGCAAUCCAGGCUUCAUGUACGUGAUGGACGAAGGCUGCAGACCUAACUUCUUCUGUCGUGACACAUGUCCUUCAUCCUGUGGAGAGAUAGCCGUGUGUGCUAAGGUCCCUGUCUGGGGCACCAACAUUGCCUCCUUCAACAUGACCUUUGCCAGCAUCGGUCAGAUAACGACGGAUUGUGUGUCCAGUUCCUACUUCGACGUCACCGACUGUGGAUGCAGCGUCCUUGACCCAGCAUGUGGACCUCGCUAUGAGCUGAAUUUCAACAACCAGGGAUCUCUGAACUUUGCCCUUGCAACCUAUUUGUCAUAUAGCAACGUCACUGUUGCCAACGGCAUUGCCAGUUUCAACGAAAACAGCACGUUCUUCGCCAACGUCUCGAUCAGCAACAGGAACACCACCCACCCUAACAUUGUGAGGUUCCGUUACCGAGAAUCAACCACGUCAAGUGGCCGUCGGGUGCUGGUGAGUAGCAGCAACUGCAAGGAAAAGAACAGCCUCGUCAUCGCCAUCGAUAACGAAUACGUCACAUUUGAGGUGAUGUCCUGGUACGGCCGCACUGUUAAACUGCCAGUGUCAACAGCGGGCAUGUCGAGAUUUUCUUGGAAGAGAGUAACCUUGAUAUACAGCGGCUAUGAUAUAGUGGCUGCCUUAGCGUCAGAAACGAUCACAUAUACAGCCAGAGUGUAUGCAUCUGACUCCAACAUAAUCGAAUGUGGAUUGCGCUUUGGUUCUGAUGGGACCAGUACUUCAGGAACUAAGUUCGUAGGAGAACUGGAUGAGAUUUCUGUGUACUCCUGUAAUCCCGGAAAUCUUCUCUGAGGUUUAUAGCAAACUUAAGGCUGUAAAAUUUGAAACGUCAGAAAACGAUGACAUUCUCUUUUUUAUUUCAUACGCACAAGCUCAUCCAUGUCCACAAUCGUGUAGUAAUCGUGUAGCGUUAGAUUUUCAUAGUACAGUAGAAAGUAAAUGUUCAAAUGUCCUUGAUGCUUUUUGGAUCUCCAAUCUACACCUUGCAUAACAGAUUCACCAAGAUAUAUUGUAUAUACAGAAAUCCUUAUUGUAUAUUAAUGGCUGUUAACUUGUUUACUCACCUCCAGGUAAACCAUACCUGUUUACAAGUACGUUUCUUGACGCAAAUGUAUUUUCGUACAAAUUUUUGAAAUAUAUGUAUACAAAAAAAUAAAAUAUAUUUUCACCAGUU